UUGAAUUUAAUAGGAAUAGGGAUAAUUGAAUUUAUUAGGAAUAGGGAUAAUUGAAUUUAUUAGGAAUAGGGAUAAUUGAAUUUAUUAGGAAUAGGGAUAAUUGGAUAUAUUACUGGUCAGAGAGGGAAGGAAUUAGCAGCCUACUGGGCAAUGUUGUGCCCAUUAGGCUUUUUGUUUGAUUUAGUAAAGGGGGGGUUGAGUUAAACUGCCUCUGCCCAGGGCUGUUUAUAGUGGAGCCCCACAACUUGCCUGUUGUUGUUCAACUACAAGUCCCACAGUUGAGCAGGAGGAGGGGGAGGGGGUCAGUGUGCAGAGGAAUGAGUAGCUAGAGGUUGGAGGGGUUAGUUCUGCAGCAAGGGGUUUCCCUUUGUGAGUCUGUUACUCGAAUGGAAUCACCAGCAGCUCAGAGAUAAGACCCCUCCCUCGUUGCAUUUGCUUCUCCACUGCAGUAAAAUGGAUUUAAUGUGUCGGCUGCUGCUUCCCCCCUCGGGCUGGAGAAGGACAAGGAGCGGAGGCAGCAGCCCGAAUGGGAUCGCUCUGAAAUCGCAUUGAGAUCGCUCAGUCGCUUCUUGCUGCGCCCGGAACGCUAGAAUGGGAAGGAGCAGCCUGACUGCCUGAGAGCUGGAGACAGUGUCUCCCUAACAGAUCACUGUGUGACUGCAGCACAGACAGAGGCAGUAUUUGUCAGGCUUUGCUGCAACUUGCUGCAGUGUAGAGUGAGUGAGUGAGUGAGUGUGAGUGCUAGUGAGUGAGUGAGUGAGUGUGAGUGCUAGUGAGUGAGUGAGAGUGAUUGAGUGAGUGAGUGUGAGUAAGAGUGAGUGAGUGAGUGUAAGUGAGUGAGUAAGAGUGAGUGAGUUUAAGUGAGUGUAAGUGAGUGAGUGAGUGUGAGUGAGCUGCAUGUCACGUGUGCAGGUGGGGGGCUGCAGCUGCUGAUGCUGGAGGAGAUGCUGCGGCAGGUGAUUCACACAGGGCUCAAGUCUUCUUCAUACAAACUGGGCUUAUUCGUCAGCCGCCACCCGGUCUUCUUCCUCACUCUCCCCACAGUGAUCACCAUCAUCUUCGGCUUCAGCUUCCUGAGCCGCUACAAGACCGACCGGGACCUGGAAGCGCUGCUCGCCCCGAGCCACAGUCUGGCCAAGAUAGAGCGGAGUCUGGCCGGUAGUCUCUUCCCCCUGGAGCAGUCCAAGAAGCGCCUCUACUCCGACCUGCACACGCCCGGCAGGUAUGGCCGAGUCAUCUUCCUCUCCCAGCCCGGGGGCAACGUCCUGCUGCAGGCGGAGCGCAUUCUCCUCAUCCACCGGGCGGUGCUGGACAUGAAGGUGAAUCACCGGGGCUACAACUACUCCUUCUCCCAUGUGUGUCUGCUCAGGACUGAGGAUAAACGCUGCGUGUUGGAUGAGAUUAUCUCUGUACUGGAGGAGAUCACACCGACUGGCCUCUCCAACAAGACUUCUGCCCCCAAACUGCAACUCACCUACCCCUCCACCAGACUCAAGGAUGGGAGGCAGAGUUUCAUUGGACAUCAGUUGGGAGGUGUCGCAGAAGUACCAAACAGUAAGGAUCAAAGGGUCAAGUCAGCCCGGGCCAUCCAAAUUACAUACUACCUCCAGAACUAUGGCUCCCCUACCCAGGACCAUAUCAGCGAACAAUGGGAGACUGAAUUUUCUACGUUAAUGCACCAGCUUCAGAAAGAGCGCGCAGACAUUCAGCUCUAUUCUUUAACGUCAUUCAGUUUGCUGAGAGACUUUCAAAAAACGAUAGACCUCUCGAGGAGUAAGAUCGUCGUCAGUCUAAUGCUGGUGCUCAUGGCCGCCACCCUGUCCAGCUCGAUGAAGGACUGCCUGAGGAGCAAGCCUUUCCUUGGAUUAUUGGGAGUGCUCACAAUCUGUAUCUCUAUUGUUACCGCUGCAGGGAUAUUUUUUGUCACCAACGGAAAAUACAACUCGACUCUGUUGGGAAUUCCAUUCUUCGCGAUGGGCCAUGGAACUAAAGGGGUGUUUGAACUUCUUUCAGGCUGGCGCAGAACAAGAGAGAGUUUGCCAUUUAAAGACAGAGUGGCAGACGCCUAUUCCGAUGUCAUGGUUUCUUACACGGUGACCAGUUCUCUCUACAUCAUCACAUUCGGCAUGGGAGCCAGCCCUUUUACAAACAUUGAAGCCGUCAGGAUCUUCUGCCAGAACAUGUGCAUCACCAUAGUCCUCAACUACUUUUAUGUCUUCUCUUUCUACGGUUCGUGUCUAGUGUUUGCUGGUCAGUUAGAGCAAAACCGUUACCACAGCAUCUUUUGUUGCAAAAUUCCCUCGGAGGAGUAUUUGGACAGAAAACCAAUAUGGUUUCAGACCAUCAUGAGCGACGGACAUCCGCACUCCUCCCACCACGAACCAGAUCCUUAUGAGAACCACUUCAUUCAACAUUUCCUUCGAGAGCAUUAUAAUGAAUGGAUUACUAAUACAUACGUGAAACCCUUUGUGGUUAUUAUCUAUCUCAUCUAUGCAUCAUUCUCUUUCAUGGGUUGCUUACAAAUGAGUGGUGGAUCAAACAUAAUUAACCUAUUGGCCAAUGAAUCCCCCAGUGUCUCUUAUGCCCACAUUCAGCAAAAAUAUUUUAGCAAUUACAGUCCGGUGAUUGGUUUUUAUAUUUACGAGCCUCUCGAGUAUUGGAAUUCAACCGUGCAGGAAGAUCUAAAAACCAUAAGUUCUGGUUUCAACACGGAAUCGUGGAUCGAACAGUACUACCGAUAUUUAAAAGCUGCUAAUGUUUCCGCUUCGAAUAAAACAGAGUUCAUCAAUGUCCUUCAAAACAGCUUCCUACGGAGGGCAGAAUUUCAGCACUUCAAGAACGACAUCAUCAUUUCAAGAUCAGGAGACGAGUCGAACAUCAUUGCUUCUCGGAUGUUCCUGGUGGCGAGGACUAGUGAGAAUACGCAACGGGAAGUGGUGGAAUUGCUGGAAAAGCUGAGACCCCUAUCUCUCAUACAGAGCAUUAAGUUCAUAGUGUUCAACCCUACGUUUGUUUUUAUGGAUCACUACGGGAUGGCGGUGACUAUGCCAGUCCUGAUCUCUGGAUUUAGUGUAUUGCUUGUGCUGAUCUUAACUUUCUUCUUGGUCAUACACCCUUUGGGAAACUUUUGGCUGAUCAUUACGGUCACAUCAAUUGAACUGGGAGUGUUGGGUUUAAUGACCUUAUGGAAUGUUGAAAUGGAUUGUGUGUCUAUCAUGUGCCUUAUAUAUGCAUUGAAUUUUGCCAUAGAUCAUUGUUCCCCUCUGCUUUAUACCUUUGUAUUAGCCACCGAGCACACAAGAACGCUAUGCAUACAAGAUUCACUCAAGGAGCAUGGCACAGCAAUUAUUCAAAAUGUUGUAUCAUUUCUCGUUGGGCUGGUACCCCUUCUUUUUGUGCCUUCUAACUUGACCUCCACACUGUUCAAAUGCUUGCUGCUAACUGGUAGUUGCACGCUACUGCACUGUUUUGUCAUAUUGCCUGUCUUCUUGACUUUUUUCCCGCCUUCUAAAAAACGGCACAAGAAAAAAAAAAGAGCCAAACGGAAGGAGAGAGAAGAGAUCGAGUGCAUCGAAAUUCAGGAAAAUGCAGAUCACGUGACUGCAGUGUGAAAAGUCCAAG